CCGCGCCGAGAGGACGCCGGCGGAGCUGCCGCGGGAAACUAACUCGGCGUUUUCCCCCCCUCGGAAGAUGUUGCUCUCCAAGUUCGGCUCGCUGGCGCACAUCUGCAGCCCCAGCAUGGACCACUUGCCGGUGAAGAUCCUCCAGCCAGUGAAAGUGGAGAAGGAGCCGUUUGAUAAAGUCUACCAAGUGGGCUCCGUGCUGGGCAGCGGGGGCUUCGGCACGGUGUACGCGGGGAGCAGGAUCCGAGGGGGUGCCCCGGGCCGCGCCGCCCCCCCGCUGACCCGCGCCCCUUCUUCUGCCCAGAGCGGCAUCAUGGUGCCCCUGGAGAUCGUCCUUCUCAAGAAGGUGGGCUCCGGCUUCAGAGGGGUCAUCAAGCUGCUGGACUGGUACGAGCGGCCCGACGGGUACCUGAUCAUCAUGGAGCGGCCCGAGCUGGUGAAGGACCUGUUCGACUUCAUCACGGAGAAGGGUGCCCUGGACGAGGAGACGGCCCGCGGGUUCUUCCGGCAGGUGCUGGAGGCGGUGCGCCACUGCUACGGCUGCGGCGUGGUGCACCGGGACAUCAAGGACGAGAACCUGCUGGUCGACCUCCGCACGGGCGAGCUGAAGCUCAUUGAUUUUGGCUCGGGGGCCCUCCUCAAGGAUACAGUCUAUACCGAUUUCGACGGAACGAGAGUAUACAGCCCUCCAGAGUGGAUCAGAUACCACAGAUACCAUGGACGGUCAGCAACAGUAUGGUCUCUGGGAGUUCUGCUGUAUGACAUGGUUUGUGGAGACAUCCCUUUUGAGCAAGAUGAAGAAAUAUUGAGGGGACGAUUAUACUUCAGGAGAAGAAUUUCACCUGAAUGUCAACAGCUGAUCAAAUGGUGCCUUUCACUGAGGCCUUCAGACAGACCAACACUUGAGCAGAUUUUUGACCAUCAAUGGAUGCACAAAUCUGAAGUAGUGAAGUCUGAGGACUGUGACAUAAGGCUACGGACCCUUGAUACCGAUGUAUCUAGCACAAGUUCAAGUAAUGAGAGUCUGUGAAUUACUAAGGACCUCGCACUGGGAGGGGGAGCUUCAAGCAGAAAGACCACAGUGCUGCUGCCAAUACAUAGGAGGGGCUAGAAAAAUGCAUUCAUUAUUCUGUAGUUGAAUCUUUGUCUGAGGGACUUGAUUUUGUUUUCCCCCUUUGCUGGUUUCUGCUUUGGAAUGAGAGAUUUCCUUUGGAAACGCUGAUGUUUGGGAGUUGCAGGCCAGUACUUAGUCAAAGACUGACCUUAUUAAGAAAGCAGUGACCUCUUGAAUACAUGGUAAACUUUUUUGCUCUCAUAGAGCCUGGACUAGAUUUUAUUUGCUUUUGAGUGCCUUUUUGAAAGCUGCUUCAGUGGGACUUUCUUUUUUGAGCUGUCUAUGUCCAAAGAAGAUCCAGUUCAUUAUAGGAAUUUGCUCCCUUUAGACUCAGUGCUGGAGGAAGCAGCUCCUAUGAUGCAUUGGAGAACCUGUUCGGUGAUUGAAUGAAGUAGUCCCAUCCACUGGUGAUGGAAUACUUGAACACAGACAUUUCACUCCUGCCCCCUGCCCUUUACAGAUCCAACCCACCUCUGCUGCUCAAAAUAUUUCCUAUAGCCUGCACAGAAAUAUGAACAGGUAUAUCGGCUUCUUUAUCAGAAACAUUUAUUCAUGUUUCCUUUUAUCAUCUCUACCAUUGGGCAUGAGAAGCCCCUUUCUCAACUCCCCCCGGCCUUUUGUCACCCUGCGAGUCUUAAAGUAUGUAUGGGCAUGUUGAAUGCACAAUCAAUGCAAUAUUCAAGGACUUCUACUUUUUUUUUUUUCCAUACCUGUAUAAUGUGUUUUUGUAAACUUGGUUUUUCCCGUGUACUAUACAGUUAUUUAUUGUUUGGAUUUUAGAAGACCUCCCACAGUUUUUAACUGUGGCUAUUUAUUUGGUUAAUUUAUUUGGUUAGAGUUAUUCAACACUGUGCUUUCCCCUCCUUCUCCCCAUGGGAAUUCUAGUGGUUUGCCCAUGGCACUUUUUUUUUCUGCAUUCCUGUCAACUUUUGGUUACAAAAAAAUAAAAUAAAAAAAAUUCCUGACCUUACCAGUUUUUUGUUGGAAGAUGGGAAAUUGUUGUACAAAGUCUAAUUUAAGGGAAAUAGAAUGACUUUUUAAAGUUAGUCAGUAUGCCUUUUGUCUGGUAUUACUGUACCAGAAGUGUAAAGUAAUGCUGUUUGGAAGGGUUUUAAAUUAUUGACAUUGUACAGUCUCCGUGCAUUGGCUCUGGAAGGUAGAGUGGCAGAGUCAUAAACCUUAAUUUAUUUUAAUAGCUGUGUUUCUGUGAUCUGGUUGCAUUUAUGCAGCUUGGAUUUGGAUUUUUUUUUUCUUCUGUUUAACGGUGUGAAAUGUAUGGAGAUCAUAUUUUUUAUACAGGUAUUUCAAUUAAACUUUUUUGUAUAUAACAGUUCUG